UUGAAUUGGUGUCGUUGUUUUGACAUUAGUCCAAGAUGGCGGUAGAAUUCCUCGAAGAUUCGUGAAAAAUAACUAUUGCAUUUAGAAAACUAUCGUUAAUCAAUUUGUCAGUGAAAAAUGGAGGCUGGUGCGAGUACCGGGACUCGCACAACGCGAUUUAUGAUGGAAGGAGUUGGUGCCAGAGUCAUUCGUGGUCCGGAAUGGAAAUGGGGGAAACAGGAUGGCGGCGAAGGCCACGUUGGAACUGUUCGUAAUUUUGAAUCUCCGGAGGAAGUUGUUGUCGUUUGGGAUAACGGAACUGCAGCAAAUUAUCGAUGCUCAGGAGCGUUUGAUCUACGUAUACUAGAUUCAGCUCCAACAGGCGUCAAGCAUGAUGGCACUAUGUGUGACACCUGUCGCCAACAGCCUAUUUUUGGCAUCAGAUGGAAAUGUGCCGAGUGCGGUAACUACGAUUUAUGCUCCAUUUGUUAUCAUGGAGAUAAACAUCACCUGAGGCAUAGGUUUUAUCGAAUUGCCACCCCAGGCAGUGAGAGAGUCUUGUUGGAGCCGAGACGAAAGAGUAAAAAGAUUGCAAUUCGUGGAAUUUUCCCUGGUGCCAGAGUUGUAAGAGGUGUCGACUGGCAAUGGGAAGAUCAGGAUGGUGGUAAUGGUCGCAGAGGCAAAGUUGCGGAAAUGCAGGAUUGGUCUGCAGCUAGUCCUAGAUCGGCCGCCUAUGUUGUCUGGGAUAAUGGAGCUAAAAAUCUUUACCGUGUCGGAUUUGAGGGAAUGGCUGAUCUGAAAGUGGUGAAUGAUGCGAAAGGACAAACGGUGUACAGGGAUCAUCUACCACUUUUGGGUGAACAGGCUCCUGGUCGCACAGGUCCACAUGGUCUUCAAAUUGGAGAUCAAGUGAACGUUGACUUGGAGUUGGAAAUAGUGCAAUCCCUGCAGCAUGGUCAUGGUGGUUGGACAGAUGGAAUGUUUGAAUGUUUAGGGACGACCGGAACUGUCGUCGGAAUAGAUGAAGAUCACGACAUUGUCGUAUCGUACCCGAGCGGAAAUCGAUGGACAUUCAAUCCUGCAGUUUUAACCAAAGUACAGAUUUCUGCGUCUGCUACUAGCUCAAGUACUGAUAAUCAGACCUUUGCAGUCGGAGAUUUAGUGCAAAUUUCUAAUGAUUUGGAGAAAAUCAAACUCCUUCAAAGUGGACAUGGCGAAUGGGCUGAAGCUAUGGUCCCGACACUUGGAAAAGUUGGACGGGUACAGCAAAUAUAUCACGAUGGAGACCUUAAAGUUGAUGUGUGCAGUACUUCUUGGACAUACAAUCCUCAAGCGGUUACCAAAGUAGCCAGUAGCGAUGGUUGUGUACCCGGAAAUACCAGCGGAGAACGUUUAUCCGCACUUCUUAAAAAAUUGUUUGAAUCCCAUGUCUCCGGUGACGUUAAUGAAGAAUUGGUAAAAACUGCUGCGAAUGGGGAUGCUGCCAAAUGCGAAGAAAGUUUGAAGCGACCUGAAGCAGACGUCAAUGGCGUCUUUGCUGGUCAUACUGCACUUCAAGCUGCUAGCCAGAAUGGUCACCUAGAAGUCAUCAAAAUUCUUCUGCGUUAUAAAGCAGACGUAGAAAUUGAGGAUAAAGAUGGAGACAGGGCAGUUCAUCACGCAGCUUUUGGCGAUGAGCCCGGUGUAAUGGCAUUGCUGGCCGGAGCAGGAGCCGAUCUUAAUGCUCGCAAUAAACGGCGUCAAACUGCACUUCACAUAGCGGUAAAUAAGGGUCAUGCGGGUGUCGUACGAACGUUGCUGGAGCUCGGCUGUCAUCCAAGUCUUCAGGACUCUGAAGGGGACACGCCACUUCACGACGCCAUCUCCAAGAAACGGGACGACAUGCUGGCUCUGUUGCUGGAUCAUGCGGCUGACAUAACACUCACAAACAACAAUGGAUUCAACGCGCUACAUCACGCUGCUCUACGUGGAAAUCCAAGUGCGAUGCGUGUGCUCCUUUCGAAACUUCCGAGACCAUGGAUAGUGGAUGAAAAAAAAGACGAUGGCUACACGGCCCUACACCUUGCGGCCCUUAACAACCACGUAGAAGUUGCCGAGCAAUUAGCACAAGCCGGUAAAGCCGACUUAGACUUGCAGAACGUAAAUCUGCAGACCGCUUUACACCUAGCCGUCGAAAGGCAGCACACACAAAUAGUCAGGCUCUUGGUCCGCGAAGGUGCGAAUUUGAACGUGGCUGACAAAGACGGAGAUACGCCGCUGCACGAAGCUCUGAGACAUCACACGUUGUCCCAGUUACGACAACUCCAGGAUGUCCAAGACGUCGGUAGACUUCUUAUGGGUCUUGGGGCCCAAGGCCAGGACAAAAAGAGCAGCGCGUCUAUCGCCUGCUUCCUGGCUGCUCACGGGGCCGAUCUUACCCUGAAAAAUAAGAAAGGACAAACCCCCCUCGACCUCUGCCCUGAUCCAAAUCUCUGCAAAACUUUGACCAAAUGCCACAAGGACAAAGAAUCGCACGACAUCGAAGCUCCUGUACCGUCAGCAGCAAUCGACGAAUGUCUGGUGUGUUCUGAUGGAAAGAGAGAGACUCUAUUUAAUCCCUGUGGACACGUAGCUUGCUGCAACGUCUGUGCACCUAGAGUAAAGAAGUGUCUGAUCUGCAGAGAAAACGUUUUAUCUAGAAUCAAGAUCGAAGAAUGCGUCGUUUGCUCUGAUCGCAAAGCAGGAGUACUUUUUCGACCCUGCAGUCACAUGUGUGCUUGUGAAAGUUGCGCCUCGUUGAUGAAAAAGUGCGUCCAAUGCCGCGCACAAAUUCAACACAUGGUACCGCUCUCCAUAUGCUGCGGAGGAGGAGGUACCAUAUCCGAAGUAAAAGCAGAUCCCGAAGAAGAGCCGGUGCCUGUCAUUCCCAAUGAAGGAGAAGCUGCGCUGAUGAAUAACGGAAGCCGUGACACGUCGCACAGUGACAUACAAAAACUCCAGCAACAGCUACAAGACAUUAAGGAACAGACAAUGUGUCCAGUUUGCUUAGAUCGUUUGAAAAAUAUGAUCUUCCUUUGCGGACAUGGCACAUGCCAGAUGUGCGGUGAUCGAAUGUCCGAAUGCCCUAUCUGUCGUAAAGCAGUCGAUAAACGCAUUUUGCUUUAUUAGAGAAGGUAAAAUUAGUCUUAUCAGUUCAAUUAUAGUUACAUUAUACAUGAAAUAGUCUGAUAUGCUGUCGGGGUCAUUAUACUAAAGUACGCUUAAUAUUUACACUAAAGCAUCUCAUAAAUAUCGGCAGUGUGAUGAACACCGCUGUCAGUGAUGUGUGAUGCAAUAUUACGGUUAAUGAGAAAUGUGUUAGGAUGCUUUUAUAUCAUGGUUGUUGGCAACAAAAAAAUUGAGACACUGCUGUUCAAUAUUCAAUUUCUCUCGUUAUCUAUAUCAAUAUCACAAUAUCGUUCAUAAGCAUCUCAAUUCAUAUACAGCAGAUAUAUAAAUCAAUUUGAACAACAGCUUAUACAGAAAAACCUUUCACAUUGUCAAGACAAGAUUGUGACGAUCCUAUUUUAGAAUCUGUUAGUAUUUUAGAAUUGUAAAUAUAGCUCUGACAAUUUUUUAUCUUGAUCGUGAUUCCGUCGACAAAGAUUUAACAAUCUUGAACCUAAAUUUAUAUUAAUUUCUUCUUCCAGCAGGUUGGCCUAUUUAAAUUUAGUUAACGGAUAAACUAAUGAUUAUUGUUAUAUAAGUAUCAAUUGUACAGUAUUUGUUACUGCAUUUUUUCCGUGCAUUUAUAUUUGGUAAAUAUUUACAGUCUGCUCUUCCGGAUUAAAUCGAAGAAUCGUAAUAUUCCGUGAAAAAAAUUAUUUGUAACUUUGUUAUUGAAUCUAGAACGCCGAUAUAAGAUAAUAACGUCAAAAUAAUCCUCCAUUAAUAAUCAUUCGACUAAAAAUUCUCGUAUUAAAUUAUCUUAGAAAAUCCUAUGCGAAAAAUUGUUUUCGCGUGUCUCAGCGUGAUUUUAUUAUUCAUCUCUCGUGGUGAUGGUGAUGUUGAAAAUCCUAAUCGUGUUCGGCAACGAAUCUGCAUAGUAUGUACGCUUGAAUCCGCCUUAAUUAGAUACGCAACAUUACAAUUAGAAUAAAAACUGAAACGGAUUGUUCUCCAGAGGUUGAACAACAGCACAACUUUGCUGGGCUUUAGACAGACUUUCCAAAGUUUGUCCAUUGAUUUAAAUAUUUUACUCUAGUUCAACUUCUGAGGUUCAACUUAAACGAUAAUUUAUAACGCUGCAACCACUAUAGUACUUAAGUACCUAUGAAUAGUAGAUAUGUACCUACGAGAUAUCUAAUAAUAUACUAAAUAUAACUUAC